GCGCGAAAGUUUAUCAACCCAACCCAUUCAAGAUGGCGACUUACAUCUAUUGAUUAUGACAUGGAACACAGAUGUAUGUUAAAACUGUUUUUCGUUAUAUAGGCCAGCGACAUUUCAUUUUCCGUUGAUGAUAUUGUAGUUUAUUUGUGUUACAAUGGAGCCCAGCGAAGAAAGUGUGCAAAUGCUCAUAAAUAUGGGAUUUGGAGACCUUGCAGAUAUCAAGAAAGCGCUCCGCCUUGCACAGAACGACGUGAACGAAGCAGUGGCAAUUCUCACACAGGAACAACCGGGUUUGAGUUACGACACCGUGGAGGAGGAAACAAAUAAGGAAGCGCCGCCACCGGGAACUCUCCGGCGGACUUACGGACCGCAACACCGUCUCGCACCAGACCCGCCCCCUCCUUCAUAUGAUGAAGCUGUAGAACCAGUGGAGGAUGAAGAUCCAAGUUCCAGCAGUGGAGAAGCAAGAGAGGAAGAAAGCAUGGAAGUCAACAAAGAGUUCCCUACAGGAAACCUCUAUGAACUAGAGGGAAGAGUCUUCACUGACCAGUGGUCUAUACCCUACAAGAAAGAGGAAUCGCUGGGCAAAUGUUUGAUUGCUGCCACCAGAUUUGCCAGUGAAGGUCGUAUGGAGAGCGAUGAGAACUGCAUGCGCUUUGUGAACCGCUGCAUGCCCGAAGCGUUCCGUAAGCUGCUGACAUCCAAGGCGGUCCACCGAUGGGGUGCCGAGAUCCAUGAGGGCAUAUAUAACAUGCUUCAGCUCCUUAUCGAGCUGGUGGCUGUCAGGCUGAAGCAUAAACCUGUCCCGUUGGAGCUUCUUGAAGUGCUUGCAAUGGCUUUCAAUCCAGAGACAGAGUUCCAUUAUAAGAACAGGGCUAAGAAAUGGGAUCAUAUAUUCUGGGAAGAGAAGUUUGGUGUGAAUCACACAUUUGCCGUUAGUCCUCCCUUUGAGACGUACAAGGACCCAUGUGGAUGGCUUGUCAAUCUUAUCAAUGCUUUUGCCCACCAUGGAGGAAUGGAUCAAAUCCGAGAUAGAGUUUUGGAAUCUAUUGAUGAUGUUGACCCAACGACUUUAUCUGUAUUGAUGCAGCCGCUGGGAUACUGUGGAGAGUACCUGAACCCUCUGAAGUUUGGCCCAUUCAUGGCCCUGGUAGAGAAACAGGUCCUCAAGUACGUCCAAGACCUCAAGGAACAUGAACUCAAGAGGAAGAAAACCGGUAGCAUCUCUGAGCUGUUGACGACGAUGAAGUCUCUUUGCCUUUACUUCUGGGUAGAUGAUGUUAAGAAGGUGGAUGAUCUCAGGAUGAGUGUGGCACUGCGGAUGCUCAACUCCCCUCACUUCAAUGCAAAGAUGAAUAGUCUCAAAGAGAUUACCAAGAUGAUCGAGGACACGAGCAUAUCCAGCAGAAACCGGAAUGCUAUUGAAGAAGAGGUCAUCCUAGACUGGCUUGUAGAUAAUAAAGUACUAUCAAUAGCUCUUGAAGGUAAUAUAGACCAGUCCCAGUACGCUGAUAAGCUGAAAGGCAUUGUUGAGUUUCUUGGACCAAAGCUCUCCAUCGAAGAUCUCACUAAGAUAUGGAAGAUGCAGAAUGACCAACCACUGACCGUAGUGGACAAUAUCCAUUCCAUCAUGGCUGCUGCAGCGGUCAAGUUCAGUAGCGAGCAGCUUGAACAUCUCUUCCAUCUCAUUCAAAAGGCCUGGAAGUAUGAAAACGAGCGGGUCCAGGAGAAGCUUCUGAGUCUGAUCGGGAGGAUAGGUCGAGAUGCCAGGAGUCCUAAGACCACCUGUAAGGUCCUGGAACUACUCUGGGACCUGGCCCACUUACCGGCCAUCCCCAAGAACCACAUGGAGCAUGCCCUAGAGGAACAUCUCUUCAUCCUCAGUGACUCCCUAGCCGUUGGGAUGCAGAUCAAGAAUAAAUAUGUUGCCAAGUGUGUGGACGACAUCAAGAGGUCACAAUUUGUCGUCCCAGCCAUGAGGCAAAUUCACCAGAUAGCUAAAGGCAUUACCAAGCAGAGUUACAGCAAAAGUGAUAAGAGUUUACCCCAGGAGCUGAACAAGGCCUAUGACAUCAUCAAACUGACAACCCAGAGUCUAAUGAAGUGUCACAAGAUGGCUAUCAAUGCUGCGGGUCAGGACGGCCUGUCGGGCAAUACGGUAGUGGAUGGAAAAUACACACAUUGCGAGCAUGUGGAGAUCCAUCUGAAGUUUCUUGCUUUCAUUCUCCAAGAGGGCGCCCUCUACCUUCACUGGCAUCGUGCAAGGGAGAUUUGGGAUACGUUAGUAGCCAACCCUGAGGCUUGUGAGGCAGAUCGUGAGACCUGUUACGAAUGGUUCCGUCAUGGUUUAGCAGACCUGGAGACUGAGACUCAGAUGCAGCUGUUCAAAGACAAGCUCCUAAGAUUAGAAUCCACCCACCUAUCACCCAUCGGCUUUGAUUGUGUACGAGCGUUCUUUGAAUCUAUCAACAUGAAUAAUCACAGUCUACGCAAGGGAGCUACAGGAUUGAUUGUAGAGAAACUGGAUCUGUUUGGUCUUGAUUUCAUGUGGAAGAUGGUUCUAGAGUCUACCAAUGAAUCUAUUGCUGAGAUGGCUAUUAGGCAGAUCAUGAGCAUGUCUUAUACUAAUCUCUCCCAAAGACUUAAAAAGGAUGUACUGGACCUACACAAGCAUUUCAUCUCGGAAUGUUAUAAGCGUCUGGAGCUAGCUUACAUGGCAGUCAAAGGCACGGCCAUGGCGGAGGCUGUUGCCAUGGCAACUAAGACAUUGACAGCAGCGACGGUCCCCGAGGCAGCCAUUGUACCCUGCCCUUCAAGGGCGGGUAAGCUGCUGGAAAUAGAGAGGCUUCUGCAGUUAGCGGAGACCUACGUAGUCACUGUCGAGGAUCAAUUCACCUCACCGCGCACGAUACUUCCACAUGGAGCGUCUUUCCAGGGUCAUACUAUAACAAUGCAUGCGACCUGUACCGACUCACAUCGGAGUGAGUUCGUUAUAGUGGGUCACAGUAAUGAGACCUUACAGAGUGUAAGACACAAGAUAGCACAGCGUCUCAAGACAACACUAGAUAAUGUUCAGAUCAUGGCCAAUGAUCGUCUAAUGCUGACCACCAAAGAUCAGAAGCUUUUAUCAGAGCUGGAGUUUGAUGAGGAGCAAGAUCUCAACAUCAAGCUUCAUGGACCGGUCAGUUCAACGGUCAGCAGUAGUGCCCGCAUCGAUGAGAACAUGUCAAGUUUUGGCCAGCAAUCUGAACUGGAGCGUUCAUUACCUGGUGUUGUCAUGGCAACAGGGGGUCAAGUUUUUGACAUGCUUUACCAACUUGCCGACUUGGAUGAACCAAGGAUAACAGAACGAGUUCGCAAACUUCUUAUGAUGAUUCCUACUGAUCCGUCUAUUCCAGAAUCACUAGAUUCUAUAUGUAGGCAGACCGCUGAUAGCGUUACUAGUCUAGGAGGAGAAACAUCAGGUUCUGAAAGCAAUAAGGAUUCUUCUAGGGCUACUCUUGAAGGCCUCUUCAGGGCUAAUAGUACACAUGGCAUGUCAGCAUUCAGAGUUCUCUAUAAUCUUGAGGUUCUGAGCAGCAAGCUGAUGCCUUCGAUGCAGGAAGACAUUGGUACCCAGACCAGUGCCCAGAACUUCAGAGAGAGCUUCCUCAAUGCGGGAGGUCUAAGUCUAGUCAUCAAUGCCUUGCAGAAAGAUUCCAUUCCACAGGACGUUGAUGAGGAUACCAGGAGAGGGUGUUAUUCUAUAUGUCUCCAGCUGGCAAGGUUCCUACUAUGUGGGCAAACCACCACCGAUCUGAAGGAGAGCGAUCUCUCCCUCAAUGACAGCAGUGUCUUUGAGACCUCUGGAGCGGAUUCCUCUACUGUCUUCUCAUCCAGCUACGGUAGCUCACCCCGUAAGAUGAGCCUGGUGGAGAGGAUGUCCAGUGUAGAGGCCAGUGGUGACCUUGCCAACAGGGAGGGGACCUCAGUUGCAAUAACGGUCAUUCAGACAAUGAAUGCCAAUGACUUCACAUCAAUGAUAGCAUGCCUUAUGAGGGUCACUUGGGCGGCGGCUGCUGGUCAUCUGAGGUUAGCCAGUGGUAGUCAACCUAUCAAGGAGGUGGCUGGUGGAGGCUUUGCAAUGGGAAUCGGUAGGAGGAGUAGACAUAGCAGCGCAGGGAGUACAAAUAGUUCAUCGAGUCAUGAUAGCGAGUCGCAGGCAUUACACGCAGGGAUCUGUCUCAAUACUGUGGCAGUCAGCGGGAAGGACGCUGACAUAGCAAGGGAAGCUCUAGAACUCCUUGUAGCAUGUCUGCAGCUUAGGACACAUAACUUAGGUGCCUUCUACAAUCUACCUGGGGUGAAUGACUUCAUCAUCGACAUCCUCCUGUCUUCCCCACACCCUGAGGUGAGGGGCGCGGCCCUAGAACAGUUCUACACCCUCACCUCCACCAGUAUCAGCAACGAGAGUGUACGGAUCCUGCACCCCAGGGACUUCAUGCUCCAGGUCUUGCUCCAGGCUAGGGUGCCUCUCUGGACCUCCAGUUCACUGGUUAGAGGAGCCAAUCAAAGAAUUCUGAACCAAUCUGCACAGUACUUUGAAUUGAGAUGCCGUCUUCUAGAAGGGUUGAGAGUGAAUGAACAGAAAUUCCUUAAGGUCAACAUUGUAUCCAUGUUGGGUGACGAGAUCGACUGGUUACAUAACUUUGAGCCGGGAGACUCAGAAGACAUGAAUCUAUCCAGUACAGACAACACCAUUGUAGCGGGUCACCUACAUCUGAUCAGGACGCUACUCACUUGUGAGGGGGUUGACAAGAGGAAAAUAGGUGAAAGACUACUAAACAGCUUGUUGAAUGAGUAUCUCUUCCCAGCAUCGCGUCUCGUCAUGCAUCAAGGAGAUAACAGUGAGAAGGGAGACUCAAGACGAGAUUACAAUUCAAAUAUCCCCCACUCAGACUUGAGUGACGGUUUGAGGCGUGCAUACUUACACAAGAUAUCUGGUAAGGAGUCUCGUGUAGCAGCUUUUGAGUUACUGGUUGUACUAUGCGAAGGCUGUCCGUACAAUCUACAGAGGAUCGCAUCACAGCUUAUCAAUAUGCAUCAUCAAUUGGACCCUUCCAUUGCCAAAGAGUGGGAGUUCUUGCCACCCGUAGAAGGUAGGAUGACUAAGUAUGUUGGUCUGAAGAACGGAGGUGCUACCUGCUACAUGAACUCUGUCAUUCAACAACUAUACAUGACUCCUGGCAUCAGGGAGGGUAUCCUAGCUGGCCACACACCCGAGAAGGAGAAGGGAGAGGACAGUAUCUUCUAUCAGAUGCAGAAUGUCUUUGGUCAUCUCCUAGAGAGCAAGCUACAGUACUACGAGCCCGAGAGGUUUUGGAAGGUCUUCAAGUUCUGGGGUGAGCCGGUCAACAUCAGGGAGCAGCAAGAUGCCUUUGAUUUCUUCACCAUACUCACUGAUCAGCUGGAUGAGUACCUCAAGCAAUCUGGUCAGAAAGAAGUGAUGAAACAGAAGUUUCAGGGUCUGUAUCUCAAUCAAAUGAUCUGUCAAGACUGCCCUCACAGGAAGGAGAGAGAAGAGGAAUUCUUUGCUUUGAAUCUGACGGUCAAAUCCAACAAUCUUAAUGAUUCUUUAGAGCAGUUUGUCAGGGGUGAGAUGCUGGAAGGGGAGAAUGCCUAUCUAUGUGAAGAGUGCAAUGAAAAGAGGAAUACUAUAAAGAGGACAUGCAUAAAGACACUGCCACCUGUACUGGUAAUCCAGCUCAAGAGGUUUGGAUAUGACUGGGAGGCCGGGAGAGCUCUCAAGUUUGAUGACUACUUCAAGUUUCCAUGGGUGUUGGACAUGGAGCCGUUCACAUCCAAGGGUAUGGCACGUCGAGAGCAGCAGCAGCAGGCUGAUGAUCCACCCAGUCCUAUGAACUAUCAGAGGAAUGUCUCCUCUCAAAGUUCUACCGAUGAUCUCUACCAAUUGGUGGGUGUGGUCGUUCACAGUGGGCAAGCCAAUGCCGGCCAUUACUACUCCUUUAUAAAGGAUAGGGGAGGUACAUCCAUCACUAACAUCAGCAAGGGAAAGUGGUUCCGCUUCAACGACACCCAGGUUGAAGAGUUCAUCAUGUCUGACGCUGCCCUCGAGGCCGAGUGCUUUGGAGGCUCCUUUAGGUCCAAGUCCAAUGAGACAUCAGGUUCAUAUGGACCAGAGAAUCGAUUGAGGACGUGGAGUGGGUACAUGUUGUUCUAUGAGAAAAUGGAAGGUAUGAGAAGUCCAGACCCAAUGGCCAGACUAGGACGCAAGGGAUAUCAUCAUGGUGAUAUUCAUGGGAGUAUGGAUGGCCUUAGUUCACCUGAACUCUCCCCAACGGGCGACAGGAUGAGUGAGCUCUCUGCUCUGGUCCACAAGGGUGAGAAGAGAGGAUUCUUCAUGGAUAAGAUGCCUGCAGCCAUCCAGAGACUGAUAGAGGACGAGAACCUACAGUUCUUGAGGAACAGGGCAGUCUACAACCAAGAGUACUUCACCUUUGUCCGAAAACUGGCAUCCUGCAGUCUGCACAUGACAUACCAUCCAGCCUACAGCAUGAUGGCCCUACAGAGCAUCAAACUUGCCAUGCACUUUGUUCUCAAUACUCUCUUCAGAACGAAGAAGAAGCUACGGUAUGAUCUUGAGGAUUGGAGAGACCUAAUCGAUAGCAUCGUCAGGGACAGUCCUGAAGCAUGUGAGUGGGCUCUGGAGCUCUUGGCAUCAUCGCAAGGCAGAGACUACCUCAGGGCAUUUCUCCUAGAGUGUCCAAACCAAGAGGUCCGUAUGGCAAUGGCUAAGAUGGUCAAGAGCGUGAUGCAGUGUUUCGUCCAGCGUAGCCAUGACACCCAGCAAGUCCACCUCGACACCAUCCUGGAGCAUCUACUAUCCCUCCUGGACAAGGAGGUCCUGGAGCACUGCAGGAGCUGUGUUGAGUACUUCUGGCUGCUCAGCAUGUACCUGGAGCUUGGAUCUGACACCUGUGAACAUUUAUUCAGAAGGAAAGCUUUCCAUAGACUCAUCACAUUCCUGAUAGGACCUCCCUCGGAGCUCAACGACGUGGACAUCCAGACCAGACGAUGGACAUCACUCCAAACCAGAGAAUUUGGAUUCCUUCACACCAUGCUUGCUGCUAUGGUCCUACACACAGAUGUAUCUCCACAUUGGUCUGUUGACCUUGGUGCCAAGCCAAAGAGGAGACCAAUCUUGAUCUUGGAGAACCUGAACAGAUUCCUACCCAUCCCAGAAGAUAUGAGACAUGUAUUAUUCGGUCCACCUUGCCUUAAAUAUAUUAAGGAGUCUGUGUUAGCUUUCCGUGAAGUCCAUUCUUCAACCACGCCCAUCCUUGAUAUGUUACUACACUGUAGCUUCUGCAACCAAGGAUUCACAUUGAAUGUCAUGAUGAUCAUACAUAGUCAAGUAUCAUCUGCACCGUCCAAUGAACUGAAGGCUAUCUUUGUACUGCUGCUAGAGCUGUUACUUCUUGAUGAUCCUCUACAGUUAGGAAGAUUAAAGCUGGCCAUGGAAGGCAAUGACAACAAUGGCUUAUUCAGUAUCAUCAGGAACUGUACAGGCAACGACAGUCGUCGGUCCUACCAGUGCAUCAAGUUCUUGGUUCAUUUAUCCAACAAGUCACCACUUGCCAAAGAAUACCUGACGUCGGUCUCCCAGAAGUGGCAUUGGGCCGUCAACUGGCUUAAGAAAAAGAUGACAGAGCACUACUGGAACCCACAGAGUUCCAUCUCCAACGAGUCAUCAACCAGCAAGGGUUUCCAACGCACCAUGAGUGCUCAGGACACCCUGGCAGAGGCUACCGCCCUCCUGACAGAACUCACCACCCAGGACGAAGAUGAGGACGACGAUGCUAUCACCAAGGAAGAGGAUGAGGGAGACGAGACUACAGAGGGCACUGUCACACCAAGGAUGGAGGUUAACGGGUCGUCGGAAGGGUCGGAGGUCAACGGAAACAGUGGGGAGAAGCCGACGGAAAGGAUAAGUGGGAUAGAUGAUGUGGAUGGGUAACUUGAUGACAAGACUUGCAAAAGA